AUGCCCAAGGGGAUCAACACGACGAAAGCGUCGGGCGACAACCCGAACCGCAAGGUCCCGACGCGGCAGAAAGCGGCCAACAUGCGGGACAAGAGCACGAUCAAGCGGCUCAAUAUGUACCGCAAUAGUGGACCCAUCCGGAACAAGGGGGGCAAGAUCGUGGGCGGGACGCUCAUGAUGAAGAACAAGGUGGGCGGACAAGAGAUCACUAGUGCGAGUGGACGCGUGCAGCCGGACCGUCGCUGGUUUGGCAACACGCGCGUCGUGGGGCAGAAGGAGCUGGACAAGUUUCGCAACGAAAUGUCGCUGAAGACAGCCGAUCCCUACUCGGUUGUGUUGCGGACGCGGAAACUGCCCAUGGGGCUCUUGCAAGAGAGCGACAAGACGUCGCACAUGAAGCUCCUGGAGACGGAGAGCUACGACGACGUGUUUAACGGGAAGCGAGGCCGGAAACGGGCCAAAGUUGCGGCGACGGAUUACGCGUCGCUGCUCUCGAAAGCGCAGGAGAGUGCAGAGAAGUACGAGACAAAAGGGAACGAUCGCAACAUUGUGGUGGAGCAGGAGUUCAAGGACGAGGUCUCUCACGACGUGUUUAACAAGGGCCAGUCGAAACGCAUUUGGGGUGAACUGUAUAAAGUACUGGACUGCUCAGACGUGGUGAUCCAGGUGCUGGAUGCGCGAAAUGUGCCAGGCACGCGCUGUGAACACGUAGAGAAACAUAUCCGCAAGAAUGCGUCGCACAAACACUUGAUCUUUGUCAUUAACAAGUGUGAUCUCGUGCCGAAUUGGGUCACCAAACGAUGGGUGCAAAAGCUCAGUGAGACGACGCCGACGCUGGCUUUUCACGCCUCGAUGAGUAAUCCGUUUGGCAAAGGUGCACUGAUCAACUUGCUGCGUCAGUUUGCCAAGCUGCACCAGGAGAAGAAGCAGAUCUCGGUUGGCUUGAUUGGCUACCCUAACGUCGGAAAAAGCUCGGUGAUUAAUGCGCUGCGCAAGAAGAAGGUGUGCAAGGUCGCCCCAAUCCCAGGCGAGACCAAGGUGUGGCAGUACAUUACGCUCAUGCGUCGCAUCUUUCUCAUUGACUGUCCCGGUAUCGUGUACGACACGGGUGACGACGAGAUCGAGACAGUGCUCAAGGGUGUUGUUCGCGCAGAGCGUCUACCUCAGCCGACGGACUUUAUCCUCACUAUCUUGGAGCGGGUCAAGAAGGAGUUUCUCGUCAAGGUGUACGGCAUCGAGGAGUGGAAGGACGAGUGGGACUUUCUCGAGAAACUUGCAAACAAAUGUGGCAAGCUGCUUCCGAAGGGCGAGCCUGACUACAACAACGUCGCUGUGCACAUGAUUAACGAUUACCAACGCGGCAAGCUGCCGUGGUUUAUUGCCCCGCCCAUGCGUGCCGAAGAGCUCGCUGCUCUUGAGCAAAAGGGCGACGAUGCCCCGCUAAACGAAGCAGAAGCUGACAAAGAUGAGCCCGUGGUGCUGGACGAGGAGGAGAUCGACGAGGGCGAGGCGAAGGUGGAAAUAGGGACAGAAGACCCGAAGUAG